AUGUGGCCAUUUGUUAUGGCGUUAGCGGUAGUUUUCAUGAUUCCGCCUAUGGUGCAAGGGGCUUGUCCUAACAAAUGUUCUGGACAUGGUAAAUGUGGUCUUAACGACGUUUGUCAAUGCAUGCAAAAUUGGAUGGGUGGAGAUUGCUCGGAUCGACAAUGUCCAUAUACUCGUGCGUGGCAUGAUACGGCUCAGCGAGACGAUGAUGCCCACUACUACGCAGAGUGUGGUAACCGUGGCAAGUGUGAUCGAGCAACUGGAGAGUGUAAUUGUGACGACGGAUUCAUUGGCAGUGGGUGUCGCCGAAUGCGAUGUCCAAAUGACUGCAGUGGCCACGGUACAUGUGAAUUUAUGGAAGAAUUAGCGUCUGAUACAUUUCACAAGCAAAUUGGUGGCGUGACGAAUCGAAAGUACACGCUUUGGGACCAAGAAAAGAUUAUGGGUUGUGUAUGUGAUGCCAAUUAUGAAGGCCACGAUUGUUCACGGCGUAUGUGUCCAAAAGGCGAUGAUCCGCUUACCCCGAAUCAAUACGAUAUGGUACAAGCGAUCAUUUUUGAUAAACCAGGAGGUAAUGGGUAUUUAACGUACUACGAUCCGUACGGAAAUGCGUAUACGACGGAAAAGAUUACGUUUGGUGGAUCAGGCUCCACUUUUGAUGAUGCAACUACUUGUUUAAACAUUCAGAAGGCGCUUCGACGAUUGCCAAAUAACGUGCUUAAUACCGUUAGCGUUGAGGCUGUUGGAAGGUUUUACGCGUUCACGCGUUCGGAUCCAACAGAUGCAACGGGGUAUGGAACGAUCAAUAAGUUUAUCAAUACUGAUGCUGCUGCGUUUGCAGGUGGCGGAACCCAAAUUAAGGGCGUUUGUGAGGUGAUCUUUUCGUCAGAGCCUGGCUCCACUGGGUAUCAGCAUUUGUUGGGAUGUAAUGUGGCUGCGCAUAAUACAAAGGGACAACAUCCAAUGACUGCUGGUGUCACUGCUGGCACAUGCGUCGUGAAGGAAGUGUAUCCAAUAACAUUGGGCACUUCAAACAUGAUAGCUGAAGAUACGGCGGUAUAUCGUCCACUUACUGAACUCUCCGAGUGUGCGGGUCGAGGCACUUGUGACUAUGACACAGGAACAUGCGAGUGCUAUGCUGGCCACAUGGGUUUGGCAUGCCAGAAGCAGGAAGCGCUUGUUUAG